AUGAUCAGGCCGAUCUCCCUGGGCCUGGCGGCCAUCGCAGGUGCCGCCGUUACCCGGACACACCCACAUCCGCUGCGACCGGACGCUCCAUUUAUCACGGCGCACGAUGGACCGAUCGUCCUGUCGUCAACUACAACAGUGGGCGGCAUCCUCGUUCUCGAUUAUGGGGCCGAGGUAGAGGGCAUCCCGGCCUUUGAGGCCGUCAGCGCAACGGGCGACACGUCGGUUUUCGAGAUGACCUACUCCGAGACCAAGGCCGCCUUGAGUUUGUACAUGGGCGAUGGUCCCCUCCCGCUCGCAGCCGCCAUGGACUCUUACCGCGUAAACCGUUACAACAUCACUACCCCGGGCCAAGUAAUCAACCGCCUCAUCCAGGGAGGCUUUCGGUACCAGAAGCUAAACUUGUCGUCGCCCGGCGAGCUGACGUUGCGGCACGUUGGCGUCGUCCCCACGGUCCACACGACUCCCCUCGACAAGCUCCCCGGAUCAUUCAGGAGCUCCGACAGCUCCAUCACAGACAUCUGGACGGUCGGCGCCAGGACCGUUCAGCUGAGCGAGAUCCCCAAAAACUCGAUCCCCCAGUUCUGGGAGAUCACCGGCGAGGGUGCCUUGAUCAGCAGUCUCGCUCCUCAGGCCAACGCAGGCCUGGUUGCUGUCACCAGCACGGCCUACAAUCUCGACUUCAAGGUCAAGCCGCUCGCUGGCGGCUUCGGGUUCAGCGUGCUGUCCGACACCCUCAACUCGGGCAUCUACUUGUCAGUUGACGUGGGAGCGAGGACAAUCGCGGCCUACGUGGGAUCGACAACCGAAAACACCGAGCUCACCAGGGCGACAGUACCUUCAAACGUGACCCUCGCCCUUGGCACAUGGCAUUCGGUACAUGUUCAGGCCGCUAUGGCCGACAUUGCUGUCCACAUCAACGGCCAGCAGGUGCUCAGCUUCGCGCAGUUCUCAAAGUUCUACGGUUCCUACGGCAUCGGCGCUUCCUUUGGCCACACGGCUGUUUUCAGAGACUUGGUCGCAACCGACACCGCGGGCGCUGUAACCUACCAGCACUCCUUAACCGACGAGAGCUGCCUCGGCGAUUUCCUAGCAGGCACCAACCCUCUCGCCGUGUCUGUUGACGGUUCGCGCCGAGACCGUAUCGCAUACACUGGAGACCUGGACGUGGCAGGCUCUGCCGCCCUGGCCAGCACCCACGGGCUGGAGUUCAUCGAGGGCGCCCUCGAGCUUUUCGCAUCAUACCAGGCCGCGCCAGGCUUCUUCACGCCCACGGUCAAGAUUCAACAGGGGCCGUUGUCAGCUCCCCUGGACGUCAACCUGACAGGCCUGAUCGGCUACUCCUGGAACCUGCUCACCGCCGUCUCGCAGGUGUACAUGCACACGGGCGAUGUUGCCUUCGCGCGGGCGUGGGCGCCCAGGGUGGUCAGGAUGCUCGACUGGUCGCACUCGCAGUUGCUGCCCAGCGGCCUCUUCAGCCUCAGCGACGCCACGUUUGGCGGAGACUGGAACUACUACGACCCUGCCCAGUCUGGCGUCGUCACCAAAUUCAACGUCCUCUACGCGUACUCGCUCCAAGAGACAUCCGGGCUCUUGGCCGACGCCGGGGUCGACAUCUCUGUCUACCAAGACCGUCUCGCUGCGCUGCGGUCGGCCAUUGACAAGCAGCUCUGGAGUGACGAGCUGAGCGCGUACGUCUACUCCGAGAAGGUCCGGGACGGCUUUGGCCAGGACUCCAACGCCAUCGCCAUCCUUGCCGGUGUCAAUGUGGACCCAUCCCAUUCGUCCGAGUCCAUCCUCUCAACCCUUUCGACGGGGCUUGCCGGGCCUAAGGGCCCGCUAGCCUUUUCGCGCCGAGUCCUCGGGCGCGGAUUCCAGCGAUACAUGAGUCCCUACGCGUCGGCGUACCAUCUCCGCGCGGCUUUCGGCUCGCAGAACUCUCGCGCCGCCAGGGAGCUGCUCAACUCGCUGUGGGCGCCCAUGGCGGAUCCCCGAAACGCCAACUACACUGGUUGCUUCUGGGAGACCUUGGACGAGUCUGGCCGCCCGGCACUCGGUGUGGCCACGAGCCUGUGCCACGGGUGGAGCGCGGGCCCAACGGCCGCGCUGAGCCGAUUCGUGCUGGGCGCCCGGCCGAGCAAGCCGGGCUGGGCCGAGUGGGCCGUGGACCCUCAGGCGAUUGGCCUCACCUCUGCCCAGGGCAAGGUGCCCACUCCUCGCGGCGCUGUUGCGGUCAGCUGGAGAUUCUGUGGGGAUCUCCUGACCAUGUCUGUGGACGGCCCCGCGGGCACCACGGGAACAGUAUCAGUCCCGUUGCCAUUGCUGGUCCCCGUGAGCCAGUCCAAGUUCACGGUGAAUGGUGCCGUUGUCAACGGCACAACUUUUACCGUCAAGGGCGGUUCAAAGAUUAGCAUUCGUCAGUCAAGAAUUUGA